AUGCUGUCCGUCGUGCCAUUUCCUGCACUGCCAUCCGCACCGUCAUGGUUCCCUGGACACAUGAACAGAUUCACAAAGCAGCUUCCGGCACUACUAUCCCGUACAGAUGUUGUACUAGAGCUCAGAGACUCUCGUUUGCCUCUUACUAGCAUUAACAACAAUCUAGAAGCCGCUUUGAGAAAGAAAAACAUCAUCUUGGUCUGGUUUCAGUUUCACCCCAUCAUUGCUUCCGCUGUCACCUAUGUGUUCGUUAUCUUAUUAUGUCUCUCCUCCGUUCUUGCUCCGUUUUUGUGUGCCAUCAACAAAUGGAGAGCCGAGCGUGGACACCAUUCCACCCACGCCGCUCCCCUUUCCCCCACUACAUCUGGGGGUUCGUCCUUAGGAUAUGGUGGUCCAAUUUGCGAGCGUAUCGUCGUCUUGAACAAGCGCGACUUCGUCCCUGAAUGGGGCGUCGAGCCCUUUAGGAGAGCCAUGAAGGCAAAGUUCCCUGAUCAGACAGUGCAUUUUGCUUCUUGUAACAAGCCGCGAGACAUAAAAUCCCUGAGCGAGAUGCUCGUAAAUAUAGCCAAGAGGAACCCUCAUGCAACUGAGAUGAACGUCCUGGUGAUUGGUAUGCCUAAUGUUGGUAAAUCAACGUUAUUGAAUUCCCUUCGCAAUAUGGGUAUCUCAGGUCGGACACCUAAGGCACUCCAGACAUCUGCGCAGCCUGGCCAUACACGCACUCUCUCGACCCGCCUUAAGCUCUCAGAAGACCCACUUGUAUAUUCAUACGACUCGCCCGGUGUAAUGCUACCAUUUCUUGGAAGAGGUGAUCGAGGUGCAGAGCGAGGAGUCAAGCUUGCUCUGAUAGCCGGCAUCAAGGAGAGUUUAUAUGACAUUGAAGGACUCGUCGCAUAUUUGCUUUACAGACUGAACGUAUUAAAUCCUAUAUCACCAGCAUACUUGACGCUUCUCCCGCUUGGUUGUCGACCGUUUACAGAUGCGGAAGAAUUUUUGGAGCAGCUGGCGAUACGGCUUAAUAUGCUGUUACGAGGGGGCGAGAAGGACACCGUGAGAGCAGCAAAAUGGUUCGUAGAAUGGUGGCGGAACGAAGGGGGGCUCGCAUCUGCUUCGGUUCCAGAAAAUCUUCCGAUGGGGUCGGAUGGAACUCAAGCUCCGUUACUGCGACGUGGAUGGGGUUUCGAUUUCGAAUGGACAGUGGACGGGUCUAUAAAUUCCACCGGCGGAGGUUUUGAGUCGGCGGUGCAGAUGAAAAUGGAAGAGUGCAUAGAUGAAUCAAUUAAGGCGGCGAGCGAGGACGAGCGGUCAGGAGUCGGGAUUAGUACGACCCAAGAGAGGAAACGGAGCUGGCAGGAGAAGCAGGCCUCGCGCGCUGCGAAAUCCAAGGCGAAGUUUGCUGCACGUAAAGCUGCAUAAUUAUCCACGGUGUUUUCUGCGGCUCCCCGCAUUGCUUACGCUGUAUUUGUGGCUAUAUAUCAUAUAUCACGUUUCGCUGCACGCAAUCACUCUAAUACCUAAUGUUCCCAAUGUGUAGUGUGAAAUCUCACUGGCCAU